AUGAUCCAUCGCUUGUAUUGCAAAAACAGUAAGUGCUACUCCAAAGUCAAACGCUUUUAGACCUUGAAUGUGGAUUAGAAGAAGGAUCUUAACAUACUCACUCUGAGCAUCAUCAAAUGUAUAUUUAAGGCAGCCCAGAACUGGCUGUUUUCUAUUCACAAUCUCAAUGCAGAUUUAUAAUUCGAGCAGUUGUAAUUAUAGUAUAUUAGUUUCGUUUCAGAAAUUGCUCAAAAGCCAUUACUGGGAUAUUUGGAAUUGAGACAAUAUCAGAACAAUAAAUUGAAUAACAAUUCAACGUAUUUCGUUGAGAUCACUAAUAAAUUGGCAGAUCAAUUAAAAAAACAAAUCACAGAUAAUUAGGUGAGAUAAAACUCAAAGGCUGUUUUGGUUCAUGAACAAAGAACAUAACUAAUUGAAAUUUCACUAACUCAACAAUGGUAAACUCAAAAUCUGUAUGAAAAUUUAUUAUAAACAUUUAUAAAAUUGGUAGAUGAAAAAAUAGAACACUGGUAAAAUUUAAUAAAUGGAUAUCCUAGUUUGAAUCCAUUUUAAUAUAAUACAUAAAAAUUAUGUGAAAAAAUCAUGAAUCUUAGAAUUUCAUUGGAUAAAUAUAUAGGCGUACCUUAGGAGUGGUUUGAUAUGAAAACAACCACAACUAAAGGUAUUUCUGUAAAAAAACUGAGUCAUGCUCAACUAAAUAUUAAUGUAAUAACAUUAAAAUUAUAUUCGCUGUUUUAUUCCUUAGUAAUGAAUGAUUUCGACAGAUCGGUGUACGUCGAACAGUACGUUAAGGACUUAACAUCCAAUGAUAGAUAAAAAGAAAUAGAUAUAAUAGACAACAUAUCUCUAUACAAUGAUUCCACCACUAUUAUCUUGGUCAGCAUUGUCAAGAACAAAGGAAAGAUAGUUAACAAAAACCAAUUAGCUCUAGCCAAUUUCUUUCAUUACGUUGAUGCAAAUGACUUCAAAGAAUCAGUCUCAUAAGUACAUAAUCUACUCCCAAAAACUAUGAUGAAAGGCCAUGAAUAUCUUAUAGAUUCCUUCAUCUAGAAAGGACAUAGUGAAUAUUUUAUUCGAAAGAUUUCUGGAUAUUAUGAAAAUAAGAAAGGAUUUAUUGAGAAAUGUUAUGUGAAAUUAGGGAAUUUGUUUGAGGAAUUGGAUGAUUACGUUAUUACAGCAUCAAUACUCAAAUGCAAUAUAUCUAAUUAAAUCAUCAUGGUUGAUGCAGAAGGAAAAAUCAUAGGGAUCACUGAAGAACUAUAUAAAACAAUUAGCGCAAAGGUUCCUGGAUUAAAUGUUGAGUUUUUCAAAGAAUUCUGCCAUUUCUUUCUUAUUUUCCCAUCAUUCUUGUCUAUUUUGAACCAAAAUCUUAAUAAAAUUAGUGAACUAGAUCACUAAUUUAUUGAAGAUGAAGAACAUCUAUUCUAUAUACCUUCAAAUCUUAUUGAACUCAAUUCUUUAUUUGUUAGAGAAUCUUAUGAAAAGAUAGGGAACACAUUAUAAGAAGGAUUGGAAAGUUAAAAUCUAAGUUCUUGGAGAUCCUGGAAAUCUGUAUAAAGAUCAAUGAAAAGCGAUCAUUCCAUUGGGCUUGAAAGAGGCAAUACAACAAUAUUAGGAGAGAAGGUUCCAAUUGCAGAUAAAUCUAACAUAAAUUUUCAUUUUCAAUUUAUGAAUUAACACAAAGAUCAAUUAGAGAAGUACACAAUAAUAAGAUCCAAAAUAAAGAUGUCUUAUUAGUUGAUGAAAGUAAAGAGAUAUUCCUAUCCUUACUUCAUUAUUGAAUUGGAACAUAUGAAUGAGAUUAACACUUAGCAUAAGUUUUUCAACAGAUAUCCAACCAUGGGAUAAAAUUUCGAGGCUUGCACAACAAUGUUCACUUCUGCCUUAAACCAUAAAUCUUUAAAUGAAACAGUACCAUCUAGUGCAGAAAAAUCAAUUUAUGAUACCAAACCAAUUAGUUUUUAACCUGAUGCAGUUGUAGUUGAAUAAUAAAACAAUAAAUGGAUAAACAAAACUACAAAAGUGAAUGAUGAUAAAAUUAAAUAAUUAAUUUAGUAAGAUGAUAGUAACAUCUUAUUUGGAAAUGAUCAUUCUUAAAUUAGAUUAUUUGAUAAACCAAGUGCAAUUGAUGUUUAGGACGUUUCAGCACCACCCUCAGAAAUUUUGUUACCAUAAAAUCCGUAUAGACCACAUUUUAGUGGUAUACCUAUUCAAGUAGAUUAGGAUAAUGAUUCUGAUGAAUUUUUUCAACUUCACAAGUAAUUUGAUGAAAAAUCGUUCAAAGUUGAAGAGAAAUAAUUUUAAAGAGAAAAAUCAAGUGAUGAUUUUAAAGAUAAAGAUGAAUCAUAGUAAGAAAUAGAAGAUAACCUUGAGAGACAUUCAUCAAACUAAAAUAUUAAUAAAAAAAACUUUAUUUAAUUAUUAGUUGAGAAUAAAAAACUGUAAUAAGAGAAUUAAAAUGAUAAUGAAGAGGAGGAGAAGAAAAAAAGGUCUAUUGCAAGCUCAUCAAGAACUAGCACAUCAAAGUCUCCUUCCUUACUUGUUCGCUCCUUGUAUUAAGUAAGUACAUUUGGAGGAGGAAUUAAGUCCGUCAUAUUUGCCAUAUUAUUGUAUCUUGUUUUGCAAUUCUGUCUCGUGUUUGUGAAAUUAAGCAUCAUUCAAAAUAAUUAUGACAUACUUUAAACCAAUAUUAAUUAUGUAACUUAUCCUGAAACUUUAAAUUUCUAUUUCUAAAAAAUAGCCUUUUUUGCUUGGAUUAGUCUAGAGGAAAGACUUGAUUUAAUAAAAUACAGUGAGUUCAUUAAAAAAUAACAAUUAGAAGAACUGAAAGCUACUAGAGCAAUCAUAGAUGUAAAAUUAAAUGAAUUGUACUAAGGAAUUAUAUAAUUUGAGGAAUAAAUUAUAAAUGAUGAACUUAAGCUAGUAAGCAUUAAUGACUUAUCUUUUUCAGAAUAAUAACUAGAUCUUACUUAAUUGAUUUAACAAAUUCAGCUGCAUUCGUUUAAUUUUAUAGAUAAUGCUGAAGAAGGUGUCAUAUUCUCUGACAGUCUAUUCUUUAGAUUAAAUAUUCCAUAUGUUUACAAAUUUGCUUAUAAAUAUAUCACCCUGCUAAAUGAAAAUUUGAUUUACUAUGAAGAUAGAAUCAUCAAUGAUGUAGUAAUUUUGACCAUGACUUUUAUUUCUGUGAAUAGUUGUAUUAUAUUGUAUAUACUUUAUAAUACAUUUUUAUUGACCUAAUAUGAGAGAUAGAUUUUGAUGCUGAUUACUAGAGUGUCCCAUAAAACAGCUGAGGAAAUCAUGUCAAAACUAAGUGAUGUGAAAACCAUUUUGAUUGAGCCUUCAUAGCUAUUGUGGAAAAGAGUGAAUUAUUUUGAAGUUAAUUAUGAGCAAGUCCAAUAAAAUCAAUAGGUAGUAAGCCUUUUAUUUGCAAAAUCAGUUAAAACGUAAUCGGUUACGAAAUCAAAUGAGUUAUCUGGAUAAAAGUCAAAAAUAAAAUCUAAAAGGUCAUUCUAGAGUAAUUCUUUGGCUUAGAGAAUUUAUGAUUUAACCUUAAGUUACCCUUCAAAUCUUAUUUUUCUAUUUUUUCUAUGGUUUCUAGCGAUUUUAUUUAUUAUUGGUGGAAUUCUAGUCACAAUCAGUCAAGUUUCAGAUAUUAAGCCAACCCUAAAUCUUAAUUUAUAAUUGAUUCGCUUUAAACUUAGAUUUGACACGCUGAUAGUAUUGGGAGAAGGUCUAAAAACUCAAUAAGUUAUUAGUGAUUAAUUUAAGGCGAAAUUUGACAAUUUUAACAUCGAUAUGAAUACUUAACUGAUAUUAGAUCUAUUUAGUGAGUAAACUAAUGGAUUUUAGGAUGCAAUGAGAGGCAUAUAUGAUUCCCUUGCUAGUUAAUCUGGACUCUUAGAAUCUCAAAAGAAAGAGCUACUAAUGUAUUUUGAGGAUAGUCUCUGUAAUUAUAUGAGUGAGGAAAUACCAUUUUGUACUAUAAGGGUAUCGAAUCAAAAUUUUUCUGUUCCUGAUUCCUUUAAAGCAACUUACGGCAAUCCAUGGCUGGAAGAUAAUAAUUUUGAUUACUUGUCUGGAGGUAUAACAGGAUGUGUGUAAGAGUUUAUGAAGACUUUAAAUUUGUAUUUCUCAAAAGAAAUUUCAUCAAAAUAGUUGCAAGUGAAAACAAUCUCAGAAGCAGUAUCGUUUCUAAAAACACAAAUUCAUAUAAAUCAAUUUGUAGAAUAUUUUCUUGACUCUGGAAAAUUGUUGCAAAUCAUUGGAGACAAUUUAUUCGAAUAAAAUUAAUCAAAGUUAUAAUAAGCCACAACGAUUAUGCAAUUAUACAUUUACAUCACAGGACUAGGUUUGCUAAUUAUUCUAAGUUUUAUCUCAUAUUUUUGGUUGAAGUAUGUCAGUGCUAGAAUGAAGCUUAUGAGGUUAAGUUUGACGUUAAUCCCAUAUGAAAUCCUACUUGAGCCAAAGACAAUGAGUUCUUUAAAAUAAUUAUGA